GAUUGGAUUCACUCACGUGAGGCGGAGACAAAAAAUUCUCAGUCACCUGCUUUCUUUGACUUUGAUAACGGUAACGUUACGAAAAAUGUGUCAAGUACCUCUCAGCCAAAAAAGGAUGAGGUGUCUAAUGAGUCUACCGUGAUUGUUCCGCUGGAUCCCGAAAAAGCAAGUAAACCGUGCCCAAUUUGUCAAGAAAAGUUUCAAUUUUUCUGGAACGAUGCAGAUGAAGAAUGGCUUUUCAGAAACGCUGUGGAGGUUGAUGGAGUCAUUUAUCACGCGACCUGUCAUGCAGAUGCUCUCAAGAAUCAAGAAAGCGCUCAAGAAGGGGGUGAAGGUGAACCGAACUCUGUUCUUGGAAAGCGGAAGACAGAAUUGUCCCCAGCCGGUGACCGAAUUGAUGUGUCGAAACGCCCAGCUCUUGUCUCGUGA